AUGAUUCCGUGGGCCUUAAGUCAAAACACAGCUCUAGAAAUAAGCGUAGAGGAAGUAACGCGCAUUAAGCCUCUAUUUAUGCUUGGUCCUCGCGAAGGACAUACGGUUCACUGGGUAAUCGAGGUCGCCCCAGAGACCCUUCAAAAGAUUGAGGGCAAGUUUGCAUACUUAGGUAUGACAAAAUGCAAAAUGAAGAUUUACGACUCGGUUACCCAGUGCUACAAUUGUCAGCGGUUCGGACAUACGGCAAGAACCUGCAUUGAUGGGCAGCCUAGGUGCAGAAUGUGUUCAGAACGACACGAUUCCAGAACUUGCAAGUCUCUGACAGUAAAGUGUCCAAACUGCCACAGCAACAAGCAUGAUGCGGCUUCAAUGAAAUGCCCGGCGAGAACGGCCGCGACCAGGAAGCUUACCCGACAAACGGACUUUGGGAUAAAUGAUAAAUCCAAAAAUGAAAAGUCUAAAAGUAGUACAACACAAUCUGAAUAA